AUGCGGCAUUUCCUAAUUCUGGCCCAAGUUUUCACGUGAGUUCUUUAUUUUUUCUUCAUUUUGAGAAUUGUCCAAUUGGUCAAGAUUCAUCGUGACGUAAUAAAAUUUCCAAAUUUUUGAGGAAAAAAACGGAGAUUGUUGUCAGGAUAAUUAUAUGGUGGGGUGAAAAAAACAGGCUUUUUUGUAGUUUAACUUCCUUGUGGAAUUUUUGCCAUUUUUUCAGAAAAUAUACUUUCAAAAAAUCAUUUGAAUAUGCCAUUGAAAGUUUCAAGAAAUCCACUUCACUUCACUUUUUUUGAAAAGAAAAAGUGAAAUUUUUAAGUAAUCAAGAAUCAAAACGAAUUUUAAAGCGUGGGUUACUGUAGGGAAGAUAAUUUGGGAAAAUGCUGGGAUCUACAAAAACCUGACAAUGCUUACCAAAAUUCUGAAUUGGAUCACGAAAAUUGGGCUAUUUUUUAAAAAGAAAUUCGAUAGUUUUAUUGGCUAAACCUGAACAUUUUCAAAAACUCGUCCGAUUUUUCAGAUUCUCCGGAAAUUUGAAAAAAUCGUAACUAGUCUGACUCCUAUUUAGAAGUGGUCAAGAUUUCCCCCAAAAACAGGGCUAGUUCAAAAAUCUCAUCAACAACUACAGAAAUCAAAAACUGAAAUGAUGUUCUUUCCGUACUCCAGAAUGCUUUGACCAUAACACAAAAUCCUAAAUCCUCAAAAAAAUACCCUCAGCCCACCAACAAAUUAUUUUUUACACAUCAGUGAAAAGUCAAAAAUCUUCAUUUCCUUAUCAAGUUUUUUUGUCGUAGCCUAUGUCAGUUCCAUUUUUUCAGUCGAAUCUGAUGACUGAAAACGAUAAAUUAAGUAGGUAGAAAACAAGUGAGUGUGAUUUGUCUACCUGGAACUAGACACAUUUUUCAUCUUCUCACUUUUUGAGGAAAAAUGCGAACACAUAAUGAGAUUUAUCAAGAUUAGAAAGAACAAACGAAAAAAAGCAAAAUUUUUGUUUUACAAAAUAAAACAGUGUGAAAAUGAAAUGAAAAGUGAAAUCAUUUCACUUUUUAUUUUUGUUUUUGUAUCUCUGUCUGUCUGAAACUGAAGAUAGGAAAAUGGAGAUUAUCAGAAAAUAUCGGGGUCUGAAUUACGAUAUGACAAAUAAGAAUUCGAACAUUGAAAACAAUUCAAAUUGAUUUUUCAAAAUUUCUUUAAACAAUUUCCUAUCAAUGCACCAAAAAAACAGAGAUCAAUUUUCAGUAUAUCACAUUCGCUCUACCGAACUAAAGAUGUCUAUUCAUGUUUCGUUUUGCAUUCCAAUGAAUUUUUGGAAAAAUCAGGAAAUGUUUUGAUUGAAAAUGUUGAUGAUGUUGAAGAAUGUUUGAGACAGUGUAUGCAUGCACCAACAAAUCACAAAAUAAAGUGUCAUACAGCAAUGUUCAAUGUUAAUACACAGAAUUGUGUUUUAUCAAAAUAUACUCGAGAUGAACGGAAAAUCAAGUAAGGUUUCACAAAUCUCUAUUGAAAUUAUUUCGAACAAUAAAAAACAUUUCAGAACUUCGAAAGGUCUCCAAAUCGAUUUAUACGAAAACAACUGUCUAAAUGAGGUCGAACCAGUUCGCCUUGGAAUUUUUGCCGAGCAAUUUCGAACAACUGAAUCACCGCUAGCUGUUAAAUCACGACUUCCUACAGUACCACAAAAUACCGUAUCCCAACCACAACAAAGAAAAAGUUUGGAAUUAAGAAGAGUUCAUGCGGUAAAACAAUAUCAGUUGGAGCAGAAAAGGGAACCAGUCUACAGUGUGAGUUUUUAUUGUUGAUAAAUUGAAAAUGAAAAAGUGGUAUUUUUCAGAAGACAGUAAGAUCGCUGUCAGUGCAUAAUGGUGGAGGAAGAGUAAGUUUUUGAAUAAAAGAAAGAGAUUUUUUGAAGAUUUCCCAUUUUUUUAAAAUUAAAAACAUCUUAUAUUUUACAAAAAAGGCUCAUAAAAUUUCGAGAAAUUCACAGAAAAUGAGUUUUUCUCACUCAACACCAUAAAUAUCCCGAAAUUAUGACAAUUUCUCAAUUUCAAGGCUCGUCUUUUUGCUCCUCGUCCCCUCGUUGAUUCAUCUUCUCUUUAUCGCCGUCAACAACGCAGUGAUCUAAUUCUCAACGAUGAUACAAAUUACGGUAGAUUUGAGAAAAACCUCGAAAUCUCCAAUUAACUUUUUUUCUAGCAACCUGUUUUCGAAAAACAGCCAACUAUGUUUUCACAAAGUUCGAAGAACUCAAAUUCACUGGCUUCACUUUGGAAAAUUGCAUCAGACAAUGUGUGCACACACAACAAUUAUAUUGUGCAAGUAUCAAUUAUAGCUUUAAUUUGAAGGUGAGAAAAAAUUAAUAUAUUUUUGAUGUUAUUUAAUUUUCUUGCAGACCUGCAUUCUUAAUGGUGGAAAUCUGCACCUAAAUUCUGAACCUUUGAUUCAAUCUCGUGAUUUUGAUUAUUAUGAAAAUAUAUGUCAACCAAAAACAAACUCAAUUCCAAAAUCAUCAACAACUUCAGUCACGGCAUCAACCAAAAAAGAGUGUUAUCGAUUAUACAAUAAUUCAGUUUAUAAUUCUUUUGAUGCAACAAUUGUGGGUGGAUUGAAUGAUUUAGGUGAGAUUUCUGGUUUUAAAAUUACUUGAAAUCUCAGAUUCUCGGACUAUUUGAGAAUUUUAAUAAUUUUUAACAAUAAAUUGUCAAAACAAUAACUACUAACACGAUGAAUAUAUCUCUAUUUUCUCCUAAAAAAUGAAUAUUUCGUAAUUUUUAAAAGAUGAAAUUUGAAUUUUAAAACUUGAAGAUUAAUUAUGUUUCAAGUUUUACAACAUUUUCAAAUCUCUGAUUUCAGAAUCUUGUGAAUCCGAAUGUUCUUGGUCACAUAUUCGACGACGUGAAAAAUGUGUAGCUGUAAAUUGGGUAACAACCACAAAAGGUUGUAUGUUAUUCCACAAAACAAUCGACUACAAUUUCUUGCAACCCAGUUUCAAAAGUAUAUUUUUGGUGAACACUUGUUCAUCAGAUUUAGAACAACCUGUUGCCAGAACAAAAUCAGAGACUGAUUAUUAUGAUCAAUAG